CGAUUUUGGUUAAAAUAUUCAAAAUGGCGGACGGAGGAGCAGCGAGUCAGGAUGAGAGUCCGGCGGCGGCGGCUGCAGCAGAUGCAAGAAUGAACAAUCCGUCAGAAAACAGUAAAUCAGCAGAAAGUGGAGAUGGAAACACAGGCACACAGACAAACGGUCUGGACUUUCAGAAGCAAGCGAUACCUGUGGGAGCAACCAUCACUUCAGCCCAAGCACAGGCCUUUCUCGGACACCUCCACCAGGUCCAGCUCGCUGGCACAAGUUUACAGGCUGCUGCACAGUCCUUAAAUGUACAGACUAAAUUCAAAGAAGAACCUGGGGAGCCUCCACAGCCAGUCCAGCCUUCCCAGCAGCCCUCAUUGCAGGCAGCCAUACCCCAGACUCAGCUUAUGGUGGCCAGUGGACAGAUCACUGGGUUAACACUGACGCCAGCCCAGCAGCAGUUGCUCCUACAGCAGGCACAGGCACAGUUGUUGGCAGCUGCAGUCCAGCACUCCGCAAGCCAGCAGCACAAUGCCGCCGGCGCCACCAUCUCCGCCUCCGCUGCUACUCCAAUGACACAGAUACCCCUCUCUCAGCCAAUACAGAUUGCACAGGAUCUACAGCAGUUGCAGCAACUUCAGCAGCAGAAUCUGAACUUACAGCAAUUUGUGUUGGUGCACCCGACGACCAACCUUCCGCCAGCGCAAUUCAUCAUCUCACAGACGCCGCAGGGGCAACAGGGCCUCCUACAGGCACAGAAUCUCUUAACACAGCUACCUCAGCAAAGCCAAGCCAACCUCCUGCAGUCUCAACCAAGCAUCACCCUCGCCUCACAGCCAGCAACCCCCACGCGCACAGUAGCUGCAACCCCUGUACAACAUCUUCCACAGAGCCAGACUACACCAAAGCGAAUCGACACUCCAAGCCUGGAGGAACCCAGUGACUUGGAGGAGCUGGAACAGUUUGCGAAGACAUUUAAACAAAGACGCAUCAAACUCGGAUUUACUCAGGGUGAUGUGGGGCUUGCUAUGGGCAAACUCUAUGGAAAUGACUUCAGCCAAACAACUAUAUCCCGCUUCGAAGCCUUGAACCUCAGCUUUAAGAACAUGUGCAAGUUAAAACCGCUACUGGAGAAGUGGCUGAAUGAUGCAGAGAACAUCACAUCAGAUUCGGCGCUCUCAAGCCCAAACGUCAUGAACUCCCCAGGCCAUGGGAUCGAGGGUCUGAACCGCAGGAGGAAAAAACGCACCAGCAUAGAGACCAACAUACGCGUGGCCUUAGAGAAGAGUUUCCUGGAGAACCAAAAGCCUACCUCGGAGGAGAUCACCAUGAUUGCUGACCAGUUGCAUAUGGAGAAGGAGGUGAUCCGUGUUUGGUUCUGCAACAGGCGCCAGAAGGAAAAGAGGAUCAACCCCCCCAGCAGCGGUAUAUCCAACAAUUCUCCCAUUAAAGCAAUGUUCUCAAGUCCAACUCCUCUGGUGGCCUCUACGCCAAGCCUUGUGACGAGCAGCGCGGCAACCACCCUGUCUCUAAACCCAGUGCUCCCUCUGACCAGUGCUGCUGCCGUGACCAGCUAUCCAGUCCUAGGCACAACAGGAACACACACGGCCAACACAGCAACUGUGAUAUCUACGGCACCUCCGGUGUGCUCUGUCCUGACGUCCCCGUCUCUCAGCCCUUCCCCGUCUGCUUCUGCUGGAGUUUCGGAAGCAUCCAGCACCAGCGAAACUGGUACAACACACACCACCUCCACUCCCAUCACCUCCCCACUGAGCGCCGGCCAAGUAAUGGUGACGGCUUCUGGAAUCCACACCGCGGCUGCCACAGCACUACAAGGAGCAGCACAGCUGUCCUCUAAUGCAAGCCUAGCUGCCAUGGCUGCUGCAGCCGGGCUCAAUCCUGGGCUGAUGGCGCCCUCGCAGUUUGCCGCUGGAGGUGCCUUAUUCAGUCUCAACCCCGGAACUUUGGGCAGCGCGCUCAGCCCCGCUCUGAUGAGUAACAGUACGCUGGCAACAAUACAAGCUCUGGCAUCGAGUGGAUCUCUUCCAAUAACGUCACUGGAUGCUUCUGGGAACUUAGUGUUUACCAACGCUGGUGGGACUCCUAACAUUGUGACUGCACCCUUGUUCCUCAAUCCUCAAAACCUGUCUCUGUUCACCAGCAGCCCAAUCAGCUUGGUCUCUGCAGCGUCCGCAGGGGCGACACCCAUCACAAGCCUUCACGCCACCUCCUCAGUUGACUCCAUCCAAAACUCUCUAUUUACAGUGGCCUCAGCCAGCGGACCAGCUUCCACCACCACUUCGGGCUCCAAAGCACAGUGAGCCAAGGCGACGAGAUCACCACCUCCGCUUUCUUCUAGCGAUCAACGAAACAGUGUGAUCCGCUCCCCUCCCCCAGCACGGGAGAGCUCAGAACCGAAAUAAGAGGGGGCGGGAGGGAAAAAACGACGAGAAUGGAUGGACAUUUUGCCUAAUUUUAUAAUAAACAUUCUCUUUUCAGGAUAA